CCCGAAUCCAAAUUUACCGCCAAGUCCUCGGCUACGUUAUCCAUCUUCAUCGUGAAACACACUCCGACCACCACUACUCAUUCCUCAGCCACUAACUAUGAACACCCAAAUUCAUACUCACCCGCGCCUCCACUUGCUUCCACUGCCACAAUCUCCGCCACCCCCAGUUUGCCGCAGGCAGCCGCUCUUCUCUACCAAAUUUAGACCUGGUCUCCGCCGUCGCUCAACCACUUGCCUCCGUCUCGGAGUCUCCUGCUGUGAUAGCAAAACCAACAGUAUAAAAGGUGUUGAAUUGGAGAGCGAUCAAAAGGAGAGUGGGCAUCAAGAAGUGAGGAGAGCAUACCCAUUUCACGAAAUCGAACCUAAGUGGCAGAAAUUUUGGGAGGCGAACAAAACUUUUCGUACCCCCGAUGAAAUCGACACUUCUAAACCGAAGUAUUAUGUUCUUGACAUGUUCCCCUAUCCAAGUGGGUCGGGAUUGCAUGUUGGGCAUCCUCUUGGGUACACUGCUACAGAUAUCCUUGCUAGAUAUAAACGCAUGCAAGGCUACAACGUUUUGCACCCAAUGGGAUGGGAUGCAUUUGGCUUACCUGCAGAGCAGUAUGCAAUAGAGACCGGAACACACCCAAGAAUUACAACAACGAAAAAUAUAAGUCGCUUCCGAUCACAGCUUAAAUCAUUAGGCUUCUCAUAUGAUUGGGACCGUGAAAUUUCAACGACUGAGCCUGAAUAUUAUAGAUGGACACAGUGGAUAUUUAUUCAACUAUUGAAACGAGGACUAGCAUAUCAGGCUGAAGUUCCUGUAAAUUGGUGUCCUGCCCUAGGCACUGUCUUGGCAAAUGAAGAGAUAGUUGAUGGAGUAAGUGAACGUGGAGGGCACCCUGUCGUUAGAAAGAACAGCCUAUGCGGCAAUGGAUGUUGAAGAUUACUGCAUAUGCUGAUCAUCUCCUUGAAGAUCUAGAUGACCUCGACUGGCCUGAGAGCGUUAAGGAAAUGCAGAGAAACUGGAUAGGGCGGUCAGAGGGGGCAGAGCUGGAUUUUUGUGUAAUAAAUAGUGAUGAUCAAGACAGAGAUUUGAAAGUUACUGUAUACACAACAAGGCCUGAUACUGUUUUUGGGGCAAACUAUUUAGUUCUUGCACCUGAGCAUAGUCUAAUGUUAUCAAUUGUAUCUGAAGUCCAAAAACAAGACGUGCAAGUGUACAUAGAACUUGCCUCAAGAAAGAGUGAACUUGAAAGAACUGAGCUUCAAAAGGAAAAAACUGGUGUUUUUACUGGUUCAUAUGCAAGAAAUCCAGCUAACGGAAAAGCUAUUCCAAUUUGGGUUGCUGACUAUGUAUUGGGAAGCUAUGGGACUGGAGCAAUAAUGGCUGUGCCUGCUCAUGAUGCACGUGACCAUGAGUUUGCACUGAAGCACAAUAUUCCAAUUUCUCGGGUUGUCAUGCCGGUUGAUGAUACUCUCAAUAACCAUGAGAAACCUUAUACAGGUGAUGGAAUAAUGAUCAAUUCAUCCAGUUCAUCCUCAGGGCUGGAUAUCAAUGGUCUGUCUAGCAAAAUAGCAGUUUCUAGAGUCAUUGAGUGGCUUGAGAAAAGUGGAAAGGGAAAGAAACAGAUAAAUUACAAGCUAAGGGACUGGCUUUUCGCUCGACAACGUUAUUGGGGGGAACCUAUCCCAGUUAUUUAUCUGGAUGAAACUGGAGAAUGUGUUCCGGUUCCCGAGUCUGAGCUGCCACUUGUCCUUCCUGAGCUGGAUGAUUUUACUCCAACAGGAACGGGUGAAGCACCUCUUUCCAAAGCAAACUCUUGGGUUAAUACUACUGAUCAUUCGUCUGGGAAGUCUGCACGACGUGAAACCAACACUAUGCCACAAUGGGCUGGUUCUUGCUGGUAUUAUCUAAGAUUUAUAGAUCCAAGGAAUUCCACUGCUUUGGUUGACCAGACAAAAGAAAAGUAUUGGGGCCCCGUUGAUGUAUAUGUUGGUGGUGCAGAACAUGCUGUUCUUCAUUUACUUUAUGCCAGGUUCUGGCACAAGGUUCUCUAUGACAUUGGCGUAGUCUCAACAAAAGAACCCUUCAAAUGUGUCAUAAACCAGGGAAUCAUCCUUGGUGAAGUUCAGUAUAUUGCAUGCAAAGACUCCAAUGGAAACUUCAUAUCAGCAGACUUAAUUGAUGAUUUGAGUGAGGCCUUUCAAGAAAAAAUACCAGAAGCGAAGGUCAUAAAAUCUGGGAGUUCAUUUGUGUUAAAAGAUGAUCGAAGUGUACGUGUGAUUGCCAGAGCUCACAAGAUGAGCAAGAGCAGGGGAAAUGUCAUAAAUCCUGAUGAUGUUGUUUUAGAGUUCGGUGCAGAUUCUCUUCGCUUAUAUGAAAUGUUUAUGGGGCCAUUAAGAGAUUCGAAACAAUGGAGUACCAGUGGCAUUGAAGGUGUUCAUCGUUUUCUGGCAAGAGUUUGGAGACUGGUAAUCGGUCCACCUUUACCGGAUGGCACAUUUCAGGCUGGCACUGCAACUUUCAAUGAGAAGCCAUCUAUAGAACAGUACUGUUGCCUUCAUCGCACCAUUAGAAAGGUAACAGAAGAAAUUGAAGGAACACGGUUCAACACAGGAAUUUCUGCAAUGAUGGAGUUCAUCAACGCUGCAUAUAAGUGGGACAAACUUCCAUUGUCAAUAAUCGAACCUUUUGUUCUGCUGCUUUCACCAUAUGCACCUCACAUGUCUGAGGAGCUUUGGUCUCGCCUUGGACACACCAAAUCGCUGGCAUAUGAACCUUUUCCCAAGUCUGAUCCCACUUACCUGAAAGACUCCACCUGGGUUCUCCCAGUUCAAAUCAACGGGAAGACAAGGGGCACCAUACAGGUCAAAGAAGGAUGCUCAGAAGAGGAUGCUUUCCAGUUGGCUUCAACUGAUGCUAAGAUGUCCAAGUUUCUUGAUGGGGUUACUGUUAGAAAAAGAAUAUAUGUUCCUGGAAAAAUCUUGAAUGUUGUUGUAGAGGUACCCAUGAAGGUCAAGGUGGUCAAACAAUAGUUUGAAUUUUUUUUUGUAGCAUUUGUUGUAAAUUUGUACGUAGUAAUAUUUACCCACACGGUUUGUUCGUGAAAAAUAAGUUGCUUUGGAUUAUUGCAAUAAAAUAUAUCAACCCCACCCAAAAAUAGGUAAUCUACAAAAGGAUUCUAUAAGCAAUUGGUUAGUCAUAUAUUGUUCUCC